GUUCUUACCGCAAACACCAACAGCUUUUUCCUCUGACCAGUUUGACAUUCUUCACCUUCAGGUAUUAAGUCAUGAUGCAGGAAUCUGCGACAGAGACAAUAAGCAACAGUUCAAUGAAUCAAAAUGGAAUGAGCACUCUGAGCAGCCAAUUAGAUGCUGGCAGCAGAGAUGGAAGAUCAAGUGGUGACACCAGCUCUGAAGUAAGCACAGUAGAACUGCUGCAUCUGCAACAACAGCAGGCUCUCCAAGCAGCAAGACAACUUCUCUUACAGCAGCAAACAAGUGGAUUGAAAUCUCCUAAGAGCAGUGACAAACAGAGACCACUGCAGGAAUUGCUUCCAGAAACAAAAUUAUGUGUCUGUGGCCACUCUUCUGGUGAUGGGCAUCCUCACAACACAUUUGCAGUGCCUGUGUCGGUGGCCAUGAUGACUCCCCAGGUGAUCACCCCUCAGCAAAUGCAGCAGAUCCUUCAGCAGCAAGUCCUGUCUCCUCAGCAGCUCCAAGCCCUCCUCCAGCAGCAGCAGGCAGUCAUGCUGCAGCAGCAACAACUGCAAGAGUUUUACAAGAAACAGCAAGAGCAGUUACAUCUUCAGCUUUUGCAGCAGCAGCAACAGCAGCAGCAGCAGCAGCAGCAGCAACAGCAGCAGCAACAGCAGCAGCAACAGCAGCAGCAGCAACAGCAGCAGCAACAGCAGCAGCAGCAGCCACAGCAUCCUGGAAAGCAAGCGAAAGAGCAGCAGCAGCAGCAGCAGCAGUUGGCGGCCCAGCAGCUUGUCUUCCAGCAGCAGCUCCUCCAGAUGCAGCAACUCCAGCAGCAGCAGCAUCUGCUCAGCCUUCAGCGUCAGGGACUCAUCUCCAUCCCACCUGGCCAGGCGGCCCUUCCUGUCCAGUCGCUGCCUCAAGCUGGCUUAAGUCCUGCUGAGAUUCAGCAGUUAUGGAAAGAAGUGACUGGAGUUCACAGUAUGGAAGACAACGGCAUUAAGCAUGGAGGGCUAGACCUCACUACUAACAAUUCCUCCUCGACUACCUCCCCCACCGCUUCCAAAGCGUCACCACCAAUAACCCAUCACUCCAUGGUGAAUGGACAGUCUUCAGUUCUAAAUGCAAGGCGAGACAGCUCAUCACAUGAGGAGACUGGGGCCUCUCACACUCUCUACGGCCAUGGAGUUUGCAAAUGGCCAGGCUGUGAAAGCAUUUGUGAAGACUUUGGACAGUUUUUAAAGCACCUUAACAACGAACAUGCAUUGGACGACAGAAGCACUGCCCAGUGUCGAGUGCAAAUGCAGGUGGUGCAGCAGUUAGAAAUACAGCUUUCUAAAGAACGCGAACGUCUUCAAGCAAUGAUGACCCACUUGCACAUGCGACCCUCAGAGCCCAAACCAUCUCCCAAACCUCUAAAUCUGGUGUCUAGUGUCACCAUGUCGAAGAACAUGUUGGAGACAUCCCCACAGAGCUUACCUCAAACCCCUACCACACCAACGGCCCCAGUCACCCCGAUUACCCAGGGACCCUCAGUAAUCACCCCAGCCAGUGUGCCCAAUGUGGGAGCCAUACGAAGGCGACAUUCAGACAAAUACAACAUUCCCAUGUCAUCAGAGAUUGCCCCAAACUACGAGUUUUAUAAAAAUGCAGAUGUCAGACCUCCAUUUACUUAUGCAACUCUCAUAAGGCAGGCUAUCAUGGAGUCAUCUGACAGGCAGUUAACACUUAAUGAAAUUUACAGCUGGUUUACACGGACAUUUGCUUACUUCAGGCGGAAUGCAGCAACUUGGAAGAAUGCAGUACGUCAUAAUCUUAGCCUGCACAAGUGUUUUGUUCGAGUAGAAAAUGUUAAAGGAGCAGUGUGGACCGUGGAUGAAGUAGAAUACCAGAAGCGAAGGUCACAGAAGAUAACAGGAAGCCCAACCUUAGUAAAAAAUAUACCUACCAGUUUAGGCUAUGGAGCAGCUCUGAAUGCCAGCUUGCAGGCUGCCUUGGCAGAGAGCAGUUUACCUUUGCUAAGUAACCCUGGACUGAUCAAUAACACCUCCAGCGGCCUGCUGCAGGCUGUCCACGAAGACCUCAAUGGUUCCCUGGAUCACAUCGACAGCAAUGGGAACAGCAGCCCGGGCUGCUCACCUCAGCCGCACAUACAUUCAAUUCACGUCAAGGAAGAGCCAGUGAUUGCCGAGGAUGAAGACUGCCCAAUGUCCUUAGUGACAACAGCAAAUCACAGUCCAGAACUAGAAGAUGACAGAGAGAUUGAAGAAGAGCCUUUAUCUGAAGAUCUGGAAUGA